CUAGUAUUCAACAUAUAUACAAGAAAACCCUCGCACAUUGGUUGAACACUCUGUUCUGUGUUGAACUGCCGCAGUGAACAGUCGUAGCAACUGAAACGGUUUACCAGCGGCGGCAGCGGCAGUGUCAGUGGCGGAUAGAAAGACGAGGGAGAGAGAGAGAAUCGAGAAAAAUGGGGAAGAAAACGAAGAAGCCGGGAAAGGGUAAGGAGAAAACGGAGAGAAAAACGGCAAAAGCAGAGGUGAAAAAAGCUCGUAGAGAGUCUAAGAAAGUCUCCCCGGAAGACGACAUUGAUGCAAUUUUGUUAAGCAUACAGAAGGAAGAAGCUAAGAAAAAAGAAGUUCAUGUCGAGGAAAACGCACCUCGUCCAUCUCCCCGGUCAAAUUGUUCGCUGAACAUCAAUCCAUUGAAAGAGACUGAAAUGAUAUUAUAUGGUGGUGAAUUCUACAAUGGCACUAAGACAUACGUGUAUGGCGAUCUUUAUCGAUAUGAUGUUGAUAAAGGAGAUUGGAAGCUAGUUUCUAGCCCUAACAGCCCCCCUCCUCGCAGUGCUCACCAGGCUGUUACAUGGAAGAAUUAUCUAUAUGUUUUUGGUGGUGAAUUUACAUCUCCUAAUCAAGAACGUUUUCAUCACUACAAGGACUUUUGGAUGUUGGAUUUGAAAACAAAUCAAUGGGAACAAUUAAAUUAUAAAGGUUGCCCUAGUCCACGUUCUGGUCAUCGAAUGGUUUUGUAUAAGCACAAGCUUGUUGUUUUUGGUGGCUUCUAUGAUACUCUUAGAGAAGUCAGAUACUUCAACGAUUUACAUGUCUUUGAUCUUGAUACUUUUAAGUGGCAAGAGAUAAAACCUACACCUGGAUGCUUGUGGCCAAGUGCUCGAAGUGGCUUCCAACUAUUUGUUUAUCAAGAUGAUAUUUAUUUAUAUGGUGGGUACUCAAAAGAGGUAUCUUCUGAUAAAAACAGCUCAGAAAAAGGGAUUGUUCAUUCGGAUAUGUGGUUGCUUGACCCUAAGACUUGGGUGUGGAACAAGGUAAAGAAAGGUGGAAUGCCACCUGGACCUCGUGCUGGUUUCUCUAUGUGUGUACAUAAAAAGCGUGCUGUGUUAUUUGGUGGAGUUGUUGACAUGGAGGCUGAAGGUGAUGUGUUAAUGAGCUUGUUCUUGAAUGAACUUUAUGGCUUCCAAUUGGAUAUUAAUCGUUGGUACCCAUUGGAGUUGAGAAAGGAGAAAUCAACAAAAGAUAAGAUGAAAAAGAAAAAAGAUGAAGAUGAUGAAAUGGAUUGUGAUGAAGCUGCUAAUAUGGAAAGUAACAUUGAUGAUAUUUCAUUAAAUAUGGAGAGAAACAUUAGGGUUGAUGAGGUGGCUACAAAAUCAAUUAUUGAAGAAGUAGUAAAGCCUUGUGGGCGUAUAAAUUCCAGCAUGGUAGUUGGAAGAGAUACAUUGUAUGUUUAUGGAGGGAUGAUGGAAAUAAGAGAUCAAGAAAUCACACUUGAUGAUUUAUAUGCUCUUAAUCUUAGCAAACUUGAUGAAUGGAAAUGUCUUAUUCCGGCAUCUGAGUCUGAAUGGGUUGAAGCAUCAGAGGAUGAGGAUGAUGAUGAAGAUGAUGAGGAUGAUGAUGAUGAAGAUAGUGAAGAUGAUGAUGAGGAUAAAGGCGAUAGUGAUGACACUGAUGACGAGGAUGAUGAUGUGGAGGGUUCGAAUGGUGAUGAUGUAAUGGGAGAUGCUGUUGCAAUAAUAAAAGGUGAAGGGAAGAAACUACGAAGGAAGGAAAAAAGAGCAAGAAUUGAUCAAAUAAGAGCUAGUCUUGGGCUAUCUGACUCACAGAGAACUCCAAUGCCUGGGGAAGCUCUGAAGGACUUCUAUAAGCGGACAAACAGUUACUGGCAAAUGGCAGCAUAUGAACAUACUGCUCACACUGGAAAGGAACUCCGAAAGGAUGGUUUUGAUCUUGCUGAAACUCGGUUCAAGGAGCUUAAGCCAAUUCUUGAUGAGCUGGCAGUCUUGGAGGCAGAGCAGAAAGCUGAAGAGGCUGAAGGUCCUGAAACUAGUGUUUCAAGGAAAAAGGGCACCAAGAAAAACAAACACCUGGGUUCAAAGUAGACCAAUGUUAAAAAAAUUUGAGUGUGUUUGUAUUUUAGUAGUGUUUAUGUACGUUUUAACUUUUUAUAAAUUUACUCCUAUAUUUUUUGAAAUUUUCUCCAGAUAUGUAGUUAGACUUGAUCAAAAAAUUAUAUUGUAUGUGAUGUGAGUUUCAUUUUACAAAAUUUUGUCUUUCGCUUUAGUAAAU